GAAAGCGAUAACAGAGAGAGAGUCCAACAUCUCCGUCGGGAAUGUAAACAUCAUCAUCGAAAAGAAAAUGGACAUAAAUAUCUUAACUAUCUCAUAGUAGACAAGAAAUACAAAAUGGUGUUUUGCUACAUUCCCAAAAUUUCCUGUACGGAAUGGAAGACGAUAUUUAUAACUUUGAAAGGAAAAGUAAAUUCUAGUUUGCUGGAUUUAGGGAACGUUCACAGAAAGUAUCAACGUCAUUUGUCAUUUCUAGGUUCAUAUUCAUCGCGUGAUCAAAAACGUAUACUUGAAAAUUACAAGAAAUACAUUGUCGUAAGGAACCCACUAGAACGACUGUUAUCGGCCUACAGAAACAAACUUGCAGGUCGGGGUUUUAAAGAUUAUACAUUUCAGGUAGAAGGAAAGAAAAUUGUGAAUCGUUAUAGAAUUAAUGCAACCCGAGAGUCUCUUAAAUACGGAAACGAUACCACUUUCCUGGAAUUUGUGAAAUAUAUCACAGAUAAAAAGACAGAACAUCUGAAUGAUCACUGGGAUAGAUAUACAACGUUAUGUCGUCCCUGUUUAGUAAAGUACGACUUUAUUGGGAAGUUUGAAACUCUCAGUAGGGAUGCUGAUUAUAUCUUAAGGGAUAUUGGAGCUCCUACUGAAGUUCGAUUUCCUUCAAGGUCUAAGAAACAUAACAGUACUAUAGAGACUGUCAAAACAGUAGACAAAUAUUAUUCACAAGUACCUGCAGAAUAUAUCAAAAAGUUAUGGAAGUCCUAUCGAUCUGAUUUCGAUCUGUUUGGUUACUCAUUGUCUGAUGUUUUAAAUGUGACCUCAAUUCCAGAAAUGAAUACAUUUUAA